AGUUUUACAAAGAAACUGAUGAGUGUUGUGUAUUAUAACCACUUACUUAUCUGUUUGUGUUUGUGUAUUUGUAUGUUACUUUGUUAACUACAAUUGUGUUAUCUAUGGCUUCCCAUUUUGCUCUUCUUCAUGCUCCUCCUCCUCUUUCUAUUCCCACUCAACGCUUCCAUGCCAAACAGAUUCGCAUGAAUGGAUUCAAACCCAACACCACUUUUUCUUAUUCUUCUUGCUUUCCAUGUUCCACAUCAUUACCACAAAGAGGAUCUCGUUCACCAAUGAUUGCUGCAUGCUCUUCCUCAAAUGGAAGAGACCCUGAUUCGGGGGAUGAUGGUGUCAAAAGCAUGGAGCGUCGUCUUCUUGAAGAGAAACGACGAGCUGAAUUGUCUGCUAGGAUUGCCUCAGGAGAAUUCACCGUGAACCAGAAAUCUGGUUUACCUUCUAUGCUGAAGAAGAGCUUGUUAAAGGUGGGUUUGCCCAAUGAGGUUGUGGAUUUUUUAUUUGGUUGGGUUGAAGGAAGUGGCAAGUACCCCAGAAUUCCUGAGGCUAAAGGGUCAAUCAACGCCAUUCGAAGUGAAGCAUUCUUCAUUCCCUUGUAUGAACUUUACCUCACAUACGGUGGGAUUUUCAGAUUGACAUUUGGACCAAAGUCCUUUCUGAUAGUAUCUGAUCCGUCUAUUGCAAAACACAUAUUGAGAGACAAUUCUAAGGCUUAUUCAAAGGGUAUCUUGGCUGAGAUCCUAGAGUUUGUAAUGGGGAAAGGGCUCAUCCCAGCUGAUGGGGAAAUAUGGCGAGUCAGACGACGUGCUAUAGUCCCAGCAUUGCAUCAGAAGUAUGUAGCAGCUAUGAUUGGCCUUUUUGGACAAGCUACAGAUAAGCUCUGUCAGAAGCUAGAUGAAUCCGCAUCUGAUGGAGAAGAUGUUGAGAUGGAGUCGCUUUUCUCUCGAUUGACCUUGGACAUCAUUGGCAAGGCAGUAUUCAAUUAUGAUUUUGAUUGUUUAUCAAAUGACACUGGUAUAGUUGAGGCUGUUUAUACUGUACUGAGAGAAGCAGAAGAUCGAAGUGUUGCUCCAAUUCCAGUCUGGGAUAUCCCAAUUUGGAAAGACAUAUCUCCACGUCAAAGGAAGGUUACUGCAGCUCUCAAAUUGGUCAAUGAUACACUUGAUGAUCUGAUAGCAAUAUGCAAGAGUAUGGUGGAUAAAGAAGAGUUACAGUUUCAUGAGGAGUACAUGAAUGAACAAGAUCCAAGUAUUCUUCACUUCUUGUUGGCAUCAGGAGACGAUGUGUCAAGUAAGCAACUCCGGGACGACUUAAUGACAAUGCUGAUUGCUGGACAUGAAACCUCAGCUGCUGUUUUGACUUGGACCUUUUAUCUUCUAUCCAAGGAACCUAGUGUCAUGUCCAAGCUUCAAGAAGAGGUUGACUCUGUUCUUGGAGAUCGAUUUCCAACUAUUGAAGACAUGAAGAAACUCAAAUAUACGACUAGAGUGAUCAACGAGUCAUUGAGGCUUUACCCACAACCACCCGUGUUAAUUCGUCGCUCUCUUGAGGAUGAUGUUCUUCGAGAGUAUCCUAUAAGAAGAGGUGAAGAUAUCUUUAUAUCUAUAUGGAACCUGCAUCGCAGUCCAAAACUGUGGGAUGAUGCUGAUAAGUUUGAACCUGAAAGAUGGGCGUUAGAUGGACCUAACCCUAAUGAGACGAAUCAAAACUUCAAAUAUCUACCAUUUGGUGGAGGACCACGGAAAUGUGUAGGUGAUUUGUUUGCUUCAUAUGAGACUGUAGUGGCACUUGCAAUGCUUGUUAGACGGUUCAAUUUUCAAAUGGCAAUUGGAGCUCCACCAGUUGUGAUGACUACUGGAGCGACAAUUCAUACGACACAAGGGUUGAAGAUGACUGUAACACACAGGAUAAAACCUCCUAUUGUGCCCUCAUUACAGAUGUCAACAUUGGAAGUGGAUCCAUCCAUGAGCCUUUGCGAUAAGGAUGAAAUAAGCCAGAAAGGGGAAGUUUAUCAGGCUCAGUCCUAAUUGCCGGUGUAGCACAACAUCAACCAUACAAUAUAAAAUGAGUGGAGGAAAAAAUUAAAAAAUGUAGAGUUAUUUUCUAUCUUCAUACUACUUAAGUGAAUCUUGUAGUAAAGUGAGGUUUUAUGCUCGCUCCUUUCUCUUAAAAUCUUUUACAUCCUUAUGGUUCUUCUUAAAAAGAGUAGAAUUCACGAAUUAUAGAUUUAUAAUUGUAGUUUUAAAUAAGGCAGACAGGAGGCUACAUAAAAUAAAUGGAGAAGGAUCCGUUUAUAAUUUUUUUUUUUACAAAUUA